AUGGAGGCCGCGCCCGGGACCCCCCCGCCGCCACCAUCAGAGUCGCCGCAGCCGCCAUCGCCGCCGCCGCCAUCAACGCCUUCGCCUCCUCCGUGUUCCCCCGACGCCUGCCCGGCCACCCCGCACCUCCUCCACCACCGCCUCCCGCUCCCUGACGACAGGGAAGAUGGUGAGUUGGAAGAAGGUGAACUGGAAGACGAUGGGGCCGAGGAGACCCAGGACGCCUCUGGAGGGCCCGAGAGGAGCCGGAAGGAAAAGGGGGAGAAGCACCACAGCGACUCGGAGGAGGAGAAGUCUCACAGGAGACUGAAGCGGAAGCGGAAGAAAGAGCGGGAAAAGGAGAAGAGGCGGUCGAAGAAGAGGAGGAAGUCCAAGCACAAGCGCCAUGCGUCUUCCAGCGAUGACUUCUCCGACUUCUCCGAGGACUCGGAUUUCAGUCCCAGUGAGAAGGGGCACCGCAAGUACCGGGAGUACAGCCCCCCGUACGCGCCGUCCCACCAGCAGUACCCCCCGUCACACGGCACGGCCCUGCCCAAGAAGGCCUACUCCAAGAUGGACAGCAAAGGCUACGGCCUGUAUGAGGACUACGAGAACGAGCAGUACGGCGAGUACGAGGGCGACGAGGACGACGACCUGGGGAAGGAGGACUACGACGACUUCACCAAGGAGCUGAACCAGUACCGGCGCGCCAAGGAGGGCAGCAGCCGGGGCCGAGGCAGCCGAGGCCGUGGCAGGGGCUACCGGGGUCGAGGCAGCCGCGGAGGGUCUCGAGGCCGAGGCAUGGGCAGGGGCAGCCGCGGAAGGGGCAGAGGCUCCGUGGGAGACCACCCGGAGGACGAAGAAGAUUUCUAUGAAGAGGAGAUGGAAUAUGGAGAAAGUGAGGAGCCAAUGGGAGAUGAGGACUAUGACGAAUAUUCCAAGGAGCUGAACCAGUACCGCCGGUCCAAGGAUGGCCGAGGACGAGGGUUAAGUCGAGGCCGUGGCCGGGGUUCCCGAGGUCGAGGGAAAGGAAUGGGCCGGGGUCGUGGGCGAGGUGGCAGCCGAGGAGGAAUGAACAAGGGCGGAAUGAACGAUGACGAAGACUUCUAUGAUGAGGACAUGGGCGACGGUGGCGGGAGCUACCGGAGGAGUGACCAUGACAAGCCCCACCAGCAGUCUGACAAGAAAGGCAAAGUCAUCUGCAAAUACUUCGUGGAGGGGCGGUGUACGUGGGGAGACCACUGUAAUUUCAGCCACGACAUCGAGCUACCAAAGAAGCGAGAACUGUGCAAGUUUUACAUCACCGGGUUCUGUGCCAGAGCGGAGAACUGCCCCUACAUGCAUGGUGAUUUUCCCUGUAAGUUGUACCACACGACCGGGAACUGCAUUAAUGGUGAUGACUGCAUGUUCUCCCAUGACCCCCUGACCGAGGAGACCAGAGAGCUCUUGGAUAAGAUGUUGGCUGACGAUGCAGAAGCGGGCGCCGAGGAUGAGAAGGAAGUGGAGGAACUGAAGAAGCAGGGCAUCAACCCCCUGCCCAAGCCACCCCCGGGCGUGGGCCUCCUGCCCACCCCUCCUCGGCCCCCCGGCCCCCCGGCCCCGACCUCUCCCAAUGGCAGGCCCAUGCAGGGCGGCCCCCCGCCCCCGCCCCCGCCCCCGCCCCCACCCCCCGGGCCCCCCCAGAUGCCUAUGCCAGUGCACGAGCCACUGUCGCCCCAGCAGCUGCAGCAGCAGCAAGACAUGUACAACAAGAAGAUCCCCUCCUUGUUUGAGAUCGUGGUGCGGCCCACGGGCCAGCUGGCUGAGAAGCUGGGCGUGAGGUUCCCUGGACCCGGAGGACCCCCGGGGCCAAUGGGCCCUGGGCCCAAUAUGGGCCCCCCGGGGCCAAUGGGGGGCCCAAUGCAUCCUGACAUGCAUCCUGACAUGCAUCCCGACAUGCACCCGGACAUGCACCCCGACAUGCACCCUGACAUGCCGAUGGGCCCUGGCAUGAACCCUGGCCCGCCCAUGGGACCCGGUGGCCCCCCAAUGAUGCCCUAUGGUCCUGGAGACUCCCCACAUUCUGGAAUGAUGCCCCCCAUCCCGCCAUCCCAGAACUUCUAUGAAAACUUUUACCAGCAGCAGGAGGGCAUGGAGAUGGAGCCAGGACUCAUUGGGGACGCAGAGGACUACGGGCACUACGAAGAGCUGCCGGGGGAGCCUGGGGAGCACCUCUUCCCCGAGCACCCUCUGGAGCCCGACAGCUUCUCUGAGGGAGGGCCCCCAGGCCGGCCGAAGCCGGGCGCCGGUGUCCCCGACUUCCUGCCCUCAGCCCAGAGGGCCCUGUACCUGAGGAUCCAGCAGAAGCAGCAGGAGGAGGAGGAGAGAGCGAGGAGGCUGGCUGAGAGCAGCAAGCAGGACCGGGAGAAUGAGGAAGGUGACACUGGAAACUGGUACUCGAGUGAUGAAGAUGAGGGUGGGAACAGCGUCACUUCCAUCCUUAAGACCUUGAGACAGCAGACGUCUAGCAGACCCCAGGCUUCCGUCGGGGACCUGAGCAACAGUGGGCUGGGGGAUCCCCGCCUCCAAAAAGGACACCCCACAGGAGGCCGGCUGGCUGACCCUCGCCUCAGCCGGGACCCCAGACUCACCCGCCACGCCGAGGCUUCCAGCGGGUCUGGCCCAGGAGAUACAGGGCCCUCCGACCCUCGGCUGGCCCGCUCCCUGCCCACCGCCAAACCCGAAGGCAGCCUUCAUUCCAGCCCUGCAGGCCCCAGCAGCUCCAAGGGGUCUGGACCACCCCCUACAGAAGAGGAGGAAGGGGAGCGGGCCCUGCGGGAGAAGGCCAUGACCAUUCCCCUGGACCCUCUCCCUGGGCACCCGCUGCGGGACCCGAGAUCACAGCUGCAGCAGUUCAGCCACAUCAAGAAAGAUGUGACCCUGAGCAAGCCGAGCUUUGCCCGCACCGUGCUCUGGAACCCCGAGGACCUGAUCCCCCUGCCCAUCCCCAAGCAGGACGCGGUGCCCCCUGUCCCUGCAGCCCUGCAGUCCAUGCCCACCCUGGAUCCCAGGCUGCACCGUGCCACUGCCACAGGGCCCCCCAACCCCCGACAGCGCCUGGGCACCUCCACAGAGCCCGGCGCAUCUGGCUCCAACCUGCCUGACUUUGAGCUCCUCUCUCGCAUCCUUAAGACAGUCAAUGCCACGGGCCCCUCAGCGGCCCCUGGCUCCAGCGACAAGCCCAGUGACCCCCGGGUGCGGAAGGCACCUACCGACCCUCGGCUUCAGAAACCAGCAGACUCCGCUUCCUCCUCCCGGGCUGCCAAGCCUGGCCCCACCGAAGCAUCCUCUCCAGCCGGCAGCCCCAGCGGGGAGUCCUCCCCACCAGCCACCGCCCCCUAUGACCCCCGAGUACUGGCUGCCGGCGGGCUGGGCCAAGGCAGCGGAAGUGGGCAGAGCAGCGUGCUGAGUGGCAUCAGCCUCUAUGACCCCAGGACUCCCAACGCAGGUGGCAAAACUGCAGAGCCGGCUGCCGACGCAGGAGCCCAGCCCAAGGGCCCCGAGGGCAAUGGCAAGAGCUCAGUCGCCAAGGCCAAGGAGCCCCCAUUCAUCCGCAAGUCCGCCCUGGAACAGCCGGAAUCCGCGAAAUCCUCUGCGGAUGGGGGUGCUGCCACAGCCACGGACAGAUACAACAGUUAUAACCGGCCCCGGCCCAAGGCCACAGCGGCCCCCACCGCUACCCCAGGCGCCCCGCCGCCAGAGGGCACCCCGCCCCAGCCUGGCGUGCACAACCUGCCAGUGCCCACCCUCUUUGGGACUGUGAAACAGACGCCCAAGACGGGCUCUGGGAGCCCAUUUGCUGGCAACAGCCCAGCCCGCGAGGGCGAGCAGGACGCGGGGUCCCUGAAAGAUGUUUUUAAAGGUUUUGACCCCACUGCCUCCCCCUUUUGCCAGUAGUGUUAAGCUGGAGUCAAGCGCUCCCUGCACCCCACCCUCCCCAGGGCAAUAUUUAAGGGCAGCAACCAGAGUUGGGAACUUGGGGGGAGGGGGGCUCUGGGUUUUUUUUUUUUCCCUUUUGUUUUUUCUCUCCAUGUGUCUCUCUCU